ACUAAAACCCUCACUAACAUAAAACCACACUCCUAUAUAAACUACUUGAUAAACAGAUCAACGCAUAGAUCUCUUAACUGAACGAAGCUACUAGAAAAAAAAAUCAAGAUGAGGAAGUGGACAGUCCCUUCCGUUUUGCUACUACUGUGCCUUCUUUCUCUCAUUUCAGAUCAAGGUCAGAAGUUACACGCAAAAGCAGAGGAUGAUUCUGAUUCGCUUGUAGAUCCUCCAAAAGUAGAGGAGAAACUCGGUGCCGUUCCAAACGGACUAUCAACGGAUUCUGAUGUCGUCAAGAGAGAGUCGGAGUCUAUUUCGAAGAGAACACUUCGCAACACUGCGGAGAAAUUCGAGUUCCAAGCUGAGGUGUCUCGGCUUAUGGAUAUUAUUAUCAACUCUCUCUACAGUAACAAAGAUAUUUUCCUUAGAGAGUUGAUUUCCAAUGCAUCUGAUGCGCUUGAUAAAAUUAGAUUCCUCUCUCUCACGGAUAAAGAGGUUUUGGGCGAAGGCGACAAUGCCAAGCUUGAUAUUCAGAUUAAGUUAGAUAAAGAAAAGAAAAUUCUAUCAAUUCGCGAUAGAGGUAUUGGCAUGACAAAGGAGGAUUUGAUCAAGAAUUUGGGUACCAUAGCUAAGUCAGGAACUUCAGCAUUUGUGGAGAAAAUGCAGACAAGUGGAGACCUAAAUUUAAUUGGACAGUUUGGAGUUGGGUUUUACUCUGUAUAUCUUGUUGCUGACUAUGUUGAAGUCAUUAGCAAGCACAAUGAAGACAAACAGUAUGUAUGGGAAUCAAAGGCCGACGGAGCAUUUGCAAUCUCUGAGGAUACCUGGAAUGAGCCUCUGGGACGUGGAACUGAGAUUAGAUUGCAUCUCAGGGAAGAAGCUGGAGAGUACUUGGAGGAGAGUAAAUUGAAAGAUUUGGUGAAGAAAUAUUCUGAAUUCAUCAACUUCCCAAUCUAUUUGUGGGCAAGUAAAGAGGUUGACGUGGAGGUUCCUGCUGAUGAAGACGAGUCUAGCGAUGAAGAUGAAACAACUGCUGAAAGCAGCUCUUCUGAUGAUGGAGAUUCUGAGAAAAGUGAAGAUGAGGACGCAGAGGAUAAACCAAAAACCAAAAAAAUUAAGGAGACUACUUAUGAGUGGGAACUUUUGAAUGAUGUUAAGGCUAUAUGGUUGAGAAAUCCAAAGGAGGUGACAGAAGAAGAGUACACAAAAUUCUACCACUCUCUAGCAAAGGAUCUUGGUGAUGAGAAGCCACUGGCAUGGAGUCACUUCACUGCUGAAGGCGAUGUUGAAUUCAAGGCUGUUUUGUUUGUUCCACCAAAGGCUCCUCAUGAUCUAUAUGAGAGUUAUUACAACACUAAUAAAGCCAACCUGAAGCUGUAUGUUAGACGAGUCUUCAUCUCAGAUGAAUUUGAUGAGCUUUUGCCAAAAUAUCUGAACUUUUUGAUGGGUCUCGUUGAUUCUGAUACUUUACCGCUCAAUGUUUCACGAGAAAUGCUUCAACAACACAGCAGCUUAAAAACAAUCAAGAAGAAACUUAUCAGAAAGGCACUUGAUAUGAUCCGUAAAAUUGCUGAUGAGGAUCCUGAUGAGGCAAAUGACAAAGACAAGAAAGAUGUUGAGAAUUCCAGUGAUGAUGAGAAGAAAGGUCAAUAUGCAAAAUUUUGGAAUGAGUUUGGCAAGUCUAUCAAACUCGGCAUUAUUGAGGAUUCAGUUAACAGAAAUCGCUUGGCAAAACUUCUCAGAUUUGAAACCACCAAGUCGGAUGGUAAAUUGACAUCACUUGAUCAGUACAUAUCAAGAAUGAAAUCUGGGCAAAAGGAUAUCUUCUACAUAACUGGACCGAACAAGGAGCAAGUGGAAAAAUCUCCUUUCCUUGAGAGGCUGAAGAAGAAGGGUUAUGAGGUUAUUUACUUCACAGAUCCAGUUGAUGAAUAUUUGAUGCAAUAUCUGAUGGAUUAUGAAGACCAGAAAUUCCAGAAUGUUUCCAAGGAGGGUCUGAAACUAGGGAAAGACUCAAAAGCUAAGGAGCUAAAGGAGUCAUUCAAGGAGCUAACCAAGUGGUGGAAGGGUGCUCUUGCCAGUGAGAACGUUGAUGAUGUGAAAAUUAGCAAUCGUUUGGCUGACACACCUUGUAUUGUUGUGACAUCAAAAUAUGGAUGGAGCGCAAAUAUGGAAAGGAUAAUGCAGGCCCAAACUUUGUCAGAUGCAAACAAGCAAGCAUAUAUGCGUGGCAAGAGGGUGCUCGAGAUUAAUCCAAGGCAUCCAAUCAUCAAGGAACUCCGUGAGAGAGUUGUAAAGGACCCUGAGGAUGAUAGUGUUAAGCAAACCGCCCACCUCAUGUACCAAACAGCGCUCAUGGAGAGUGGCUUCAUACUCAAUGAUCCCAAAGAUUUUGCCUCUCGUAUUUACAGCUCCGUGAAAUCUAGCCUAAGCAUCAGUCCUGAUGCUAUCAUCGAAGAGGAAGAUGAUGUAGAAGAAGUUGAAGUUGAAGCCGAAACAAAAGAAGCCACUUCCAGCAGUGAAGCUGAACCCACUAGAGAUGACGAGCUUACGGAACCCUCUGUUGUGAAGGAUGAGUUGUAGAUUGCCCAAAGAAAUGUGCCACGACCAUCCUUUUCAAGGCCCUCCUCUUUCCUGUAAUGCUGUUUCUUGAGAGAAGCUGAGUCGCUUCCUGUAUUUUUCACUUUGUCGAACUUUAAACAUUAGAUCGUGUAGAGGUAAUGAAUACUCAGGAAUUUUACCUUUUUAGCACUUGGUUAAGGAUUGCGUUGCAGCAAUGAAAUGAUAAACAAAUGGCAUUUUUGUUUC